AUGGUUUGGAGGAAAAGUUUUUUGCUGUGUUUUUUAAAAAGUAUAAAAAAAAUUAAAUUUAAUUCUAUGGCUAAAAAGGUUUUUCCGGAUGUAAAAAUCAAAUUUAAAUUAUGUUUUAAAAAAGAAAUGAAACAAUCAGAUUCUGCUAAAGAAUACGAGAUCUCCCUUCAACCAUUACACGAUUUAAAGUAA